AUGGUACAUACCCGACGUUCGACAAAAGAUACUCUCUUCGGCCCACUACCUCCUCCAACUCGACGCCGCAGACCGGUUUCCAUCUUUGAACGACAACGCAAACUUGAAUACCGCAGACUAUCAAAACUUCCAGCACUCCCACCAUCGCCCCCUCUGACCCCACCGCCUCAGAACCCCACCGACACCCAGCCAACCUUACAACUCGGUUCUCUUAUUGAGGACCUGAACAACUUCAGUAUAUCCGACGUAGACCCGGUUAUCCCUGACUUUCCACGUAACCCAACCAUCGACCUGCCCAUCGACAACAAUCGACCUCCGUCACCUUUUCUUUCCCCCCUAUCUCAUAUAUUCUCCCAGUUUCUCACUCGGCAUUCUCCGGCAUUCUCCCCUCGCAUUCGACCAUUUUCUCCGAUUGAACGGCCCACCCAAAUGUCGACAUCGACAUCGUCCGAAAUAACACCUCGUUCCAAAUUUUUGCAACAGCCUAGGAUCUACAAACAGGACGUUGAACAACUCACCGCCGAUGGGUCCAACUUCGACAAGUGGAAGAGGGGACUCACACGAAUCGUUCUCCUCACCCUCGGUCACCCUAAUUUCUUCGACAAACCGGAAAACUACUCCAAGUUAUCGGACCAGGAGAAUACAUGCUUAUUAUUUCUCAUACAGAUCACGAUCCACGAUGAACUCGCCUCCCUCGUUGACCAAUACACCAAAGGCACUGAAGCCUAUGAUGCCGUCCAAACCAACUUCCAGGGUACGGUUCGAUUUCGACAGAUGGAACUCAUCGACAAACUACUCGAGUUGCGGGUAUCCGGUCCGUCCACCGAGCCAGCACAAAUUCCCGGCCUGUUCAACAAGAUUUUCGAGACCUUCACGGGCUUACAGAAAGUUGGCGCCGGCCUUUCGCCUCUGGUCGAGAGUCUUAUACUCCAAGCCGUUGUCCCUGCUCCCUCAUCAAUGUCCCGAUCCCAACUCUUUCAGAACAUCUCCCUCCAACUUGGCAAAAAGCCAGACGUCACGGCCCGCGAUAUCCAGACCAUCAUUACGUCCGCGUAUGGAGAAUCUCUCCGUUUUGACUCGUCACCAUCUUCCACCGUCUCUGUCUUUCGCACAUGGCCCAAUCAGACCCAAUGGGGCACUUCGACCCAAAAUCCGAUUCGCCCUCCUCGACAAAACCCUUUUCAACAGAUCAACCCUGGUGCUCAACAAUCACCUUCAUCGCUCAACAUCAACCGUCAACCAAAUGUCGGACGACCCGGCCACCCAACUAUUGAUGACAUCGCUGCAGCAAUCAACAACAUCAGGAAAGGCAACCGGGGUCCGAGUGAUCCUAACAUCUUCACCGGCAAACCAUGUUCCUACUGCGGCGGGUCGGGACACUGGAGAUCGUCGUGCCCGACGCUCCGCAGAGAUGCCAAUCUGCCACCUCCCGACACCUCCACACCUGGUCGCCCCGCUUCCGGUUUCGCCCGCCAAGCGGCACCCCCGAACGACUCUGCUACUGGCUCGACCUCUAAUGCGGCAGUUAGAUCGGCCGUGGCUGCGGAUGCGACGGGUGCCGACGGCGCAGGCACGGUUUUGGAUUCUGGGGCGACCCAUCACGUGAGCGGCUCUUUCCAUUUGUUUUCCAACUUAUCAUGCCUCCGCCCGCCAAUCAAGCUGAAUCUAGCUUCCUCUGAUGGUUCCAUGAUGGCGACGCUGUGA